GGUGCAGGUCCUCUGAUGCUGACAUGUUUUUAAACGAGUUUGUCCUCAUUUUUCGAUUUUUAUGCAAAAACCCAGCGUCUGGAGCGGGAGCGUGUCUUUGCCGAAGCGGUCGUCUGCCACGUUACUUUCGCUAACACCCCUGAAAUUCGCUCCCAGGGCCGGAUUCCCGUUGCAGGCACCGAAAAGUUUGAGCUCCAUCAUCAUUCGAAAAUGAAGAGGCAGGCCGGGAGAGAGACUAGUCCGUCCAGGGCCAUCGCCAAGCGGAUACGGGAGAGGGAACGAGAGAGUGCACGGAGAGAGGAGCUGCCGCCGCCGCCGCCGCUGGCUCUGCUGCUGGCGGAGAGCCGGGGAUAUCACCGACGGAGCCGAAGCAGGGAGCGCGAGAAGCCGCGGCUCCGGGAGGAGCGGGCGGCCGCCUUGGAGCUUCACCACCGACAUGAGCUCAGCCUCCUCGGUCGUCCGCCGCUACGGACCACGGCCGCGGAGCUCCCUGCAGCCAGGCCGGGCACUCUGGAGUACAAAACGCUGCUCAUCAGCAACCUCGGCUCGCAGGUCUCGGACGAGGACGUGGAGGACGCGCUGUUCCACGAGUUCAAAAAGUUCGGGGACGUCAGCGUGAAGCUGUCGCACACGCCGGAGCUGGGUCGCAUCGCCUACGUGAAUUUUCGGCACCCGGAGGACGCCAAGGAGGCCAGGCACGCCAAAUCCUCCAGGUUAGUGCUGGGAGAUCGACAGCUUAAAAUCGAACCCAUGUACGUUCGGAGGCGGAGUGUCACGCCGCCGGACGUUGGUUAUUUACCUCUGCACGCACCGUACCCCUACAGACAGCGCUCCCUCUCCCCGCCGGGGCCCGGGGUGAGCAACAUCAGAGACCUCAGAGCGAGGCAUUACGCCUUGGAGACCCUGGGUCUGAGCAGAGAGAGGGAGAGGCUGUUGGAUUAUUAUGGUAUGCUGGAUGAGAGGGGCCGGCCCUAUGGCUUCCCUCCGAUGCCGGUGGUGGAGGAUUUAAAACCUGAGGACGAUCAGAGGGCGACCAGCAACCUGUUUAUUGGAAAUUUGGACGGUAAUGUUACAGAGGCUGAGCUGAGGAGGGGCUUUGACAAGUACGGCAUCAUUGAGGAUGUUGUGAUUAAACGCCCGGCCCGUGGACAGGGUGGAGCGUAUGCCUUUGUGAAGUUUCAGAACCUAGACAUGGCCCACCGGGCCAAAGUGGCCAUGCAGGGACGCCUGAUCGGCGGCAACCCAAUAAAGAUUGGCUAUGGCAAAGCUAACCCCACCACGCGGCUCUGGGUGGGCGGUCUGGGGCCUGGAAACUCUCUCGCUGCUCUUGCUCGGGAGUUUGACCGGUUUGGAAGCAUAAGGAAUAUCGACUAUGUUAAGGGGGACAGUUUUGCUUACAUUCAGUAUGAAAGUCUGGACGCUGCACAGGCCGCCUGCACCCAGAUGAGGGGUUUCCCUUUAGGUGGCCCUGAGCGGCGUCUGAGGGUGGACUUUGCUAAAGUUGAGGAGAGCCCCUCUCGGCCAUUUCCCCCUGGUUAUCAGCCCCCGGCUGCGCUCCCCUCCCACUAUGACCUCCUUGGGGAGGCCUACAGCCGCCAUCGCAGCCUGGAACGAGAGCUGAGGGGGGCCAGGGACCGCUCAUCACCCCCCUCCCACAACCUCCUCUCCCAGAGGGAGAGAGACAGGGCAGUGCUGGAGAGAGACUACCCCACCAGCCCAACCCGCAGUCUGGAGAGGAGAGUGGGAGGGGUGGAAGCAUUCGGGAGGAGUGGGAGAGGAGCGAGGAGCCGCAGCAGGAGCAGGGAGCGAUGGCUGAAAGAGAGGGAGGAGAGGAGGAGCAGGAGGAGGAGCAGGAGUAGGAGUCUGUCCGCUGAUAGGCAGACAGAGGAGAGGGAGAAAGAGAGGGGGAGGUCGAGGGUUCGAGGUCCAGGAGGAGUCGUCUCUCCUGAUGUGAGCCCAGACCGAGCGAGGGUCCGAGCCCCCGAUUCCACCACAGAGCCAAGAGACCACUCCCCUGACAGCGGCGGAGGGGGACGCCACUCUGCCACCAACGAAGAUGACCCACCGUCUGGCCGCCACCACAGCAAGAGGUCCUCCAGUGUCCAUCUCAACAACCAUCACCAUCGUAACAGCGAGGUCAUCGCUGCCAGCUCUCCCGCCGCCCACACGGACUCACACACUUCCUCCUCGCCAAGCACGCUGUCAGAGUUCGCCCAGGCCUCUCUCUCCAAAACGUGGCAUGGCUUCUUCGCUCUGAAGAACAGCAGUUUCCCGACGGACCUGUACAUGCUGGAGGGGGGGUCGUCGUUCUUCAACACGAUGAUGAAGGACAGCCUGAAGCUGCAGAGCCAGAACCAGCCCAGCCAGCUGAAGAUCGCCCAGAGGCUGCGCAUGGAUCAGACCAGGCUUGACGAGGUGUCGCGUCGCAUUAAACUGGGGCGGCCUGACGGGUUCGCCAUCCUGUUGGCCCUCCAGGGCCCCAUCGACCGCCAGGCCCCCGCCCCUGAGCCGGGACUGCAGGUGCGCUUGCUCCGUCACCUGGUGACCUACCUGCGGAACAAGGAGGCAGCUGGAGUUGUGAGCCUACCUGCUGCGAAAGAGGGGGGGCCGGGGGCGAUGCUGUACGCCUUCCCACCUGGAGAGUUCUCUCAACAAUACCUGCAGGCCGCCAAAAGGACUGUGGGUAAUCUGGAUGAGGAGCACAUGGUGAUUGUGAUCGUCACUGACACUAAUUGAUUAUUACACUGAAGAAUACAUACAUGUACAGACGCUUGAAGGCAUGCACACACACACACACACACACAUACACACACACGGACUCGCCUGGUGUCUACAGAUACUUCCAUGUUUUUAAAAAGAUGCAUUCUAUUGUUUUAUUCAGUGUCUUAUAAACGAAACAGCAAAUCACACUACAUCUCUUUUACUCCCUCUUCCUCUUUUAUCACCUGACGCCUCCUCCUCUCUGAGGUCGACUCGUUGUCGCGUUCACAGGCAGGUGAUGUCAGACUGAGGCUUUGUGGGGGGCGAAUUGUUCAAAUGUUCUGUAAUGAAAAAAAAAACACUUAAAGGAGAGAGGAUGUAAAUGUACAGAUCUGCUGCACACACAGGCAGCACUGUCGCUUUUGUACUAAGCUGUAACAUACAACACUAAAACCGAGAGGUUUGUUUAUAUGCUUGUUUACUUUAUUUGUCUUUUUGUUUUUCUUUUAUCUGAAUUUACCUGGUUGUUCUGUAUAUCCAAUACAAGUGGGACUAGGAGGUUUUAUACAAAGCGAUUGUACUGUAAACUGAAUGGGAAAGUGGUGCCAGCCGAGUCCUGGCUCAGGCCGCUCCGGUUUGUCUCCUCCACUGGCCUCUGCUCACAGGUUGAGACUGUUGUUAGGUGUUUUUUGUCGUUGGGAGCGCCACCCAGCACGGCCAGUAGUGACAAAAAGUGAAUUUCCCGACCCGUCCCUGUGACUGUAUACUUUACACAGUUAGUGUUUUUAUCGGUUGAACCAUUCCAGUUUCUUUCAUUUUGAAAGGUGUGAGUGUGUGUGGUCCGUUGUUGCAUGCAGGAAAAGAAAAAAACGUAUACUCUGUCCGUCUGAAAUGUUUGCUUCCCCUUCGCUGUCGUCCCUCGGGGACGUUUCGUUUUGCUGGGAUACACGUUGAGCUGUUAUACUGGUGCGAGGUCUGAUGAUAUUUCUGCUUCAGAUUUUAUGUUGUUCACCGACUUUUAUUCGGUUUUAAUACAUAGAUCCAUCCAUCUGUGAUCCAUCCGCUCUUCCUUUUUCUUUUCGUCUGCCGUCACCUCAGCUUUAAAAGGUGUCUUCAUCAUUUUAUGAUUUGGAGAAAUCAGAAGAAUCGAUGCGAGCUCUUUAAUUACCUCCACAAACAUACAAACAGCACAUGCAUGGUCAAGUUUUCCCAAAAUAUUUUCCGAAAGCUCCUGAGCUACGUCUUUAACACUAAUUCUCACUGUUGGGAUUAAUGGAACUGGACUUGCCCUGAUUUAACUUUCUAACAUUAAUUUUUAGUGAAUUUUUGUGCCAACAUGAUCUUUUAGUGAAACAGCACAGAUUUAUCAGUUUUUCCAUCCAGAUGAUGUUGAAUGAAAUAUUAGAGGCUGGAGAAUAAAAACCUACGAUGGGGCCACAGACUUUUUUUUUCUCGUCAUGGAGACGGCGUUGUUGGCGUGUGAAACUUUGCCAUGAAAACAUAAAUGUUCAGCAGCUUUUCACCUGCAACCUUCUUUUUCCCUGACAGCAUCACAACGUGUCGUGUUGUCAGACGAUUUGUUUUGCACCAACGUAAUGAGAAUGUACGUAGUUUGCGUAGAAGAGGCAGUGUAAUACCUCAUGUGGUCUGGGUGGUAGGUUGACUCUGUUUGUCAUCACACUGUCAGCUGUUUACUACAUUUAUUGUUUUUUUUUAAGAAAGCGAGAAAAAGGUCGACGAGAGUGUGAAAAUGAGCCUGAGCAGGAAACACUGUGCGUGUGUUCAGCGAUGACAGGACUGAUCAGGAGUAAGCGGCCGUGUCAGACCGAAGAUAAACUCUAUAUUUUAAUUCCCAGCGUUUGUUUACAGCACAAGCAGCUGAACGUGUGAAUGUGCGGAUGACUUGCAGUCUCGCUCCACAGGACGUCCUGCACAUGAUGUGGCAGCGAUAACCAGCGGUGGGAAGUAACUCAGCACCUUUACGUUGUCUGCUCGAGUACAAGUCUCUGGUUUUCAUAUUUCACUCGAUCGUUUCUGUCUGUGCUGCUGUUUCUCUGUUCUUCAGAUGGAAAUGUUUUCACUCAGCUAUGUUUAACAGCUGUAGUUUCUGACUGUUUUGUAUUUUCUGAUAUGAUCAUAUUCUGAAACAUGACGCAUCGCUCAGUGAAACAAAAUCAGCCUGUGAUCGAGUCAUUUCAGCCUGAAACGAGUCAGUGCUCUGAGAACAUUUGAACCUGUUUUAAAUGUAAAUCAACUUUUUCACUCUCUGCUGUUUGGAAACACAGAGACACUUUUAUAUUUUCAAACAAGUUAACUGAAAACAGGAUGAAAUAUUCUGACUUUCAGGACUGAAUUACAAACAGAAGUUCCUUUAUAAGAUUCCCAUUUUUGCCUGAGCUCAGCAUUUUAACAGGUACUUUAAAUCAGCUACACAAAUACUGCUCACGCAUUAAUGCAUCUGUGUCAGUAAUCCUAUGAUAUGUUUCCCACUUCCAUUACUUUCAUUUUGCUGUUAAUAUUUCUCUGCUUUUCCUUAAGUAAGAUUUUUACUUGAGUAAAGGAUCUGAGUGCUUCUUCCACCCGUGGUCUUUUUACAUCCCACUUUCUUUUUGCUGUGGUCUCCGCUGCACACGUCCUCGGAGCUCAGUCAUUGGUCAGACAGGUGGUGGAUCUCUGGCUUGUGUGUGUUUGAUGAAGAAAACAGAAAAACGAACCCUGAGAGGUUGAAACUGUGACCGUGACCGACCCGUGUCUCCUUCUCGUCCUCGUAAAGAGGCUUCUGGAUGAAUUCAGAUGUUGUUCCUGUGUCUCUGAAGCUGUUGCUGAAUGUUCAUCACCACCAGUCCUAUAAAUAUAGCAGUUUUGUACAAUAUGCCAUUAAAGAAAAUAAAGAUGUAGAAAACACAGCUUUUUCUAUCAGCUGCCCUGGACGAAUGAUGUGUUGUGAAUAGACUUCCCUUUUCCCAUCUGAGCGUGUGCAGGGCUGUGUGCUGACCGAUAGCGUUACACAGAGCAGGUGGAGUAUAAAUCCAUGACGACAAUCGGUUUUUGUACACAGAUUCCCCCUUUGGUUUUGUUUUUGUGUCAACAUAGAAACAUGUAUUCUGCAUUAAAGAAAAUGUAAUAAACAUUUUAUGCUCUUUGUA